UAACCCUUUUAACCUGUAAGAAAUGUGAACUGCACUACAACGAAAGUUCCUAAAUGUUACUCAACUAAUUGAUAAAUAUUAUAUCCAAGUCUCGAAUAUGUAAUAGUAAAUACAUAAUUAAAUAUUUACAUGCUUCACGAUUAGAAAUGUAAAUAGCAGACAUAAGUUGAGAAAAUGCUGUCGUUGAUUCGAAACAAUGUUGUUACUGGAUUGGGAAGAACAUAUCGAGAUGUUAGCACAUGGUCCUCGUUGGCGACAGCAUUCAACACAAAAUCGGUUGAUGUGAUUGGUUCUUUAGUGUCGCGAAAAGAAACGGGUCUUUUUGGGAUUCCCGAACUCGACGAUGCCGAAGGGUUCGAUCUACUCAAAAGAAAAGCAAUGGCUCGAACGGACGAACUAAUUGAAGAAGCUACGAGCCAAACAAGAAGUCGAAAAAUCGUUGAAAUUUUCGACGAACUUUCUGACUCACUCUGCAAGGUCGCAGACUUGGCAGAAUUUGUCAGAAUCGCUCAUCCCGAUAGAAAAUUUUCGGAUGCAGCUGAAGAUGCUUGUAUCGCGAUAAGUGGCGUCGUCGAAAAAUUGAACACCCAUAAGGAAUUGUACAACUCGUUGCUACAUGUGGUAAAAAAUGGAGACGUCGUGAAAACUACAGAAGUAGACGACCAUGUUGCCAAACUGUUUGCCUUUGAUUUCGAGCAAUGCGGUAUACACCUAAUCGAAGAACAACGGCAAAAAGUUGUACAUUUGAAUGAUCGAAUUCUGCAAACUGGUCAGCGUUUUAUGGCGGGCACAGUACACCCUAGAGCAGUAAAAAAGGAUGUUCUUCCACCUGAAAUAAGGCAAUACUUCACUGCUGAAGGCGGUCAAAUAUUGGUCCAAGGACUUUACACAGAUUCGUCCAAUGCCACUGCCAGAGAAGCUGCAUACAAGAUAUUCCUAUACCCAGAUUCUCAACAGGAACAUCUCCUCAGGGACUUGUUAAACGAUCGACAUGAUCUGGCUGAAAUAUGUGGAUUUCCUUCCUAUGCUCAUAGAGCCGUCCGGGGUAGCACAGUUGAGAAGCCCGAAGUAGUUUAUGAAUUUUUAAACAUUCUGAGCGACCAGCUCAAGCACAGAGCGCACAAUGAUUUUCAAAUAAUGCAGCAAAUGAAAAAUGCUGAGUCUGGAACAAAUCAGGAUUUAAUGGCAUGGGACACAGCAUAUUUUAUAGCAAAGGCAAAAAAGGCAUGGCUAAACACAUCUAGUGCAGAAUUUGCACCUUACUUCUCACUUGGAACGUGUAUGGAGGGUCUGAAUACGUUAACGCAAGCUUUGUACGGUGUUAAAUUGGAGCCAGAGCCAAUCAUUAAAGGUGAAGUCUGGGCCAGCGACGUCCGCAAGUUGGCUGUGGUAGACGAUGUCCAAGGGACGUUAGGAUAUAUUUAUUGUGACUUUUAUGAAAGAGCGGGGAAACCCAAUCAGGAUUGUCACUUCACCAUCAGAGGCGGAAAGCAGUUACCUGAUGGCAGCUACCAGAAUCCAAUAGUUGUGCUAAUGUUGUCACUACCAUCGCCACGAUGGUCAUCGCCAAGUCUGUUAAGUCCGUCGUCGGUCGAUAACUUGUUUCAUGAAAUGGGACACGCGUUGCAUUCAAUGCUGGGCAGAACCCAGUAUCAACACGUCACAGGAACGAGAUGCAGCACAGAUUUUGCAGAGGUGCCAAGCGUCCUAAUGGAGUAUUUUGCAAGCGACCCGAGGGUGGUUUCGACGUUUGCAAAACACUUUCAAACCCAGGAGCCAAUCCCCAAUGAUAUGCUGCACAGACUGUGUGCGUCGAAGCACUUGUUUCCUGCUUCCGAGUUGCAGAAUCAAGUAUUUUAUAGUAUGUUGGAUCAAGUGUAUCACAGCCGUCGUUUAGAGCAGCCCAGCACAGAAAUACUGGCCGAUUUACAAGACAGAUAUUAUGGUUUGCCAUACGUCAAGAAUACUGCUUGGCAGCUGCGAUUUUCUCACCUCGUAGGAUACGGUGCAAAAUACUAUUCGUACCUAAUAUCUCGUGCCAUAGCUUCGUGGAUAUGGCAGACUUACUUCGAAGCUGACCCGUUCAGCCGACUUUCAGGGGAAAGAUAUCGACGAGAAUGUCUUGCUCACGGAGGAGGAAAAUCUCCAUCGAUAUUAGUUUCAGAUUUCCUUUCCAAAGAAGCAAACGCCCAAAAUUUUGCUAAGUCAUUGAUCAACGAGAUCGACGCCAAAAAUGAUCACAUGCAUGAAGUAAGAAACAUCACUUCUUAGACCCGUUACGUAGCAUCGAUUCUCCUACAAUUACUAUUAGAAAGAAUGUGGUUUUCUUAAGUUUUUCUGUAGUUUAGAUUCCGAUUAGACGUUAUCAAUUUGUUCGUAACUGUACAGUAAAUAUAUGCAUUAAAAUUGACUGCAUCAGUCCGCUCGCACAAUGCAUAUUCAAGCGAGUCUGUAACACAGUGGCUAAUCGUAAGACCAUGUCUUUGAUUUGUUGCGCACCGUGAUCAAAUCCGACUAGUUUUGCUUUCUCAUUAUCUUCUGUUAACGCGGAAGUAAAAGAGAUCAAUAAAAAAUAAGUAUAAAUAACAAAUCUUAUUGAAAAUAGAUUUUAUUACCACAAAUCUUGUAUACUCUUAUGUAAUUGACAGUAAUUGGAAAUAAAAAAUACAUAAAUUCUAGUAUUUCAAUUUUUGCUUUGAUUUUUACUUUUCUACGCCGAGAGAACCAGUGCAUUCAUCAGGGUGAUAUCUAUC